AUGUCACAGCUGAUGGUCCACAAGACGUACCACUCACGAAGGAACGGUUUUAUAUACGGACACAAAGAUGCUGGUACAUAUCCCAAAGACUAUUUAUUACACUGUUCCUCGAUCGAUACAGUCUCAGCCGUUUUGGGAGAGGAAGAACAGUCUGAUCACAUCGAAUACUUCCAAGGGUUUGAGAGAUUUCAUGAGCGUGGACUUCCAGGGGAACUAACAGCGGAAAUUGAGGCGAGCAUUCGGCAGGAGCCAGAACUAGUCGAUAGAAAAUUUCGAAUCGAACAACUUGAAUCCUCGAACAGCGACAGAGAGUCCAUAGCUGCUGAAAAGCUGAGCUACAGAAAAGCCUUGCUUCGACUCCGCCUGACAGGGCUAAAGCAAUACCAGAGCCGCUGGAUACAAGAAAGACGAGACCAAAGAAUUCUCAGCCGGGGCAAAGAAGAGCCGGCGUUCACUGAGAAUGACGUUUGCAUGCGAGCUCAAUCCUUACUUAUGCCAGAAAUUGCCCGAAUUUCACCACUAAUGUCUUCUGACAGGGAGCUUUCCGCCGACGAAAUGCUCCUUUUCGUGGAAGAUCUCAAAACACAUUGUGAACGUGAUUUUGACGUGUGUGUUCGACGCAAGAUUGCGUUGGAUCUUCAAGUCUCAGAAUCAGAUUUGAAAUUUUGCUACGAGUGCAUGACAUGGCUGCUAUCAGUUGAAUGGCGGGAACAUUGUAGUUCUCACCUUCGAUCAUGGAAGAGUCAGCACUGCGAAGUCAUCGUAUACCGCCACACACUCAUUCGCCCCGGCUACUGCCCCUUUUGCUUGUGGAAUAUGGAUCUCGCCGCAGAAGAUCGAUUGAAUUAUUGGUUGACAACUACGAAUUUGAAACGACACAUUGAAGAGCAGCAUAUGCUUGAAAGCCAUUUGCGUAAGACGAAGCCAACAUGCGGUUGUGGCCAAAAUUUCGACAAUGAGCGCGGCCUUCGACACCAUUUGCACGACGCCCACGGGAUAAACAAAGCCAUAUGGUUAAAUCCGAAGACACCGAGAAAGAGGAAGCGUGCUUUUAAGGUGGAAGCACAAAGUCCUGCAACAGAGCCAGAGCCGGAGGGGCGGUGCUUCAAGAAAUUCCGCUUUUAUCGGUAUCCGCCCCCGCGCCACGAACAUGAGGAUCAAUUGCUAGACAAAACUUUCUUGUCAGUACCCAUAUUGCAGUCGUUCAUCGAGGAACAUCCAGACCGAGAUUACAGUGUGGAUCCGAGUGAUCAGUCAAUAAAAAGCAGCACAAGUAGCUCAGUUGUGUCUUGCUUUUCCGCAACGACUUCACUUUCCAGUUCGCGGCCAACGACUCCUGGAUUGGAAGUUAUUGAUCCUCGAAUCCUCGAACCUUCCGAGAUUGACGAAGAGCGUGAAGGCCAGCCCCGUGAUCAGAUUUUCGGGCAGGCAACUCCACCUAGGAUAUCGAAGGACAGAAAGGAGAUCGGUAAUCAAUCAUUAGGUGCUAUGCUACGCUCACCGUUCCCUGUUGAAGGCUUUACCAUUCAGCCCACCCUUGUCUUUGAGAUCAAUGAUCCUCAAACCAUCCACACUCCUGGUCACUGCCUUGAGGAUGCGCUUCUACCUUGUAAGAACAUUACAAGCCAGCUGAAUCCUCUCAAUUUAUGCCCGAGUGAGGUUGAGGCCAAAACAAUGUCACCUGGUGACACGAAAGAGUCACAGUGCCCCUCACCAAGCUUUGCCGCAAGCAAACGGAUCGAGGGGGAAAGAGUCUUGGGAGAAGACAAUCUCGCCAGCACGUUAAGCAUUAGCCAGUGCUCUACCACGAAGCAUCAGCGCGAAAUCAAUCGUCUGACUCAGGAAUUACGCGAUCAAAUGACGUAUUGUGACACGAAUCCGGUCAUUGGUCUGGGCGGACCACUCACUAGAGCCCAGACAAGACAACAGCGGACUCUGAUUUUUCCGAAUGAUUCGAAAAAUCGUCAGCCACGAAAGAAACUCAAAGCAGCAGAAAGACGAAAGCUGCGUGAGUUCAAGAGUCAGAAUUGGACUCUGAGGCAAGUUGGACUUCAUUUCGCGGAUAUAGAUACGCUUAUUCUGCGGCAAGCUUGGGUUGAUAUCAAGCUUCCUCAGCGAUGCACCAGGUCACGAGCUAAUCAAAAAGAUAGCUGA